GCAAGCCCUCCCCUCGUCCCCGUUGCCGGAAGACUCCGUGUGCCCCCGUGGCGGCCCUCCCGCCAUGUUUGCGGAGCUGAACGAGCUGCUGAACGUCUCCCCGCAGCGACCGGAGACGGGUAAAUUCACACUGCUGCGAGACACCAGAACAGAUGGCAGCUUCCUGGUGCACCAUUUCCUCUCCUUCUACCUCAGAGCUGGCUGUAAGGUUUGCUUUGUGGCGCUGCUGCAGUCCUUCAGUCACUAUAACAUCAUAGCACAGAAGCUGGGAGUCAGUCUGACAGCUGCCAAAGAACGGGGACAGCUUGUCUUCUUGGAAGGCCUCAAGUCCUGCCUUGACCUCUUGUUUGGAGAGCAGGAGGAGCAGCUGGGACAACCCAGUCCUCUUCAGUUUAUAAGCAAGAGCACUUCCGACCUCAAAGCCCUGUUUGACUUCGUCCAGGUGUCCCUGACUCCUGCCAGCAGUGACUCCUGGAAGGGCCCUGUGCUGCUGGUGGAUGACCUCAGUGUCCUGCUCAGCCUGGGUGCCACAGCAGUGGCGGUGCUGGACUUCAUCCACUACUGCAGAGUCGUGGUGUGCUCCCAGCUGAAGGGCAACAUUGUGGUGCUGGUUCACAGUAACGAGGAUUCCGAAGAUGAGGAAAAUGAACUGGUUGUGAACUCCCUGUGUCAUCACAGUGACCUGAUCCUGUGGGUAGAGGGGCUGGUGACCGGCUUCUGCAAGGAUGUCCAUGGGCAGAUUAAAAUAACUAGGAGAGUGUCCUUGGAGCUGACGGGGGAGCAGGAUGUUGUCCAGACCUACCAGUACAAGAUCCAGGACAAGAAUGUCACCUUUUUUGCUAGGGGGCUGUCAGCUGCAGUCCUGUGAUGCUGCAAUACAGCACAGUGCUGCAAAAGCAAUGUGGAACAAGGCUGGAGAGGCCAGUACAUGCCACCAAACCAGCCCGGCUGCUCCACCAGCACCUUCCAGGAGCAGCGCAGCAAACUGACCCGGGAGGGAAGCUUAAACGGGUGUUGAACUGCAUGCCAACGAGGGGAUUAGCCUGCCCAGAGCUUGCUGCAAUCCCUUUGUCCUCCCACCCUGUUCCCAACAUACGUAGGCCAAGAAAAGUGCACAGACUUGCCAGAAUGGCCCUUACAGCAUGUAAAUACAAGCAGGAGGGAUGCCCCUUGGGCUGGGCGUGCCUCACCUUUUCCGGUGUGUUAUGGCAUGGCAGUGCCAGGCACCGCUGCUUGGAGGGAUCACCCCACCCUCCAGCUGGCAUUUAAUGAGAUGACACAGAGAGGGUGGAGACAGGGAUGGUCUGGGAAUGUGUUGCAAUUCUUACCUUUCUCCCAGCGCUGGCACAGGAGAGAGAUUUGCUCAACUCAUAGCUUCCACAGCAUUGACCCAAAAAAUCAAUAGCUGUGUGUACAGCCCCUCACCUUGCUGCAGUGAGACCCAGACCUUGCUUGGUUGAUCCCUUGCUCUGUUAAGUUACUUCCCUCUUUUCACGUGAAACCCCCAUGCCAUGGUGCCCCAUCCCUGGCAGUGUUCAAGGCCAGGUUGGACAGAGCUUGGAGCAACCUGGUCUAGUGGAAGGGGGUUGGAACUGGAUAAGCCUUAAGGUCCCUUCCAAUCCAAAACGUUCUAUGAUUCUAUGUGUGUCAGCUUAUCAUGCAGCUUCCCAAGCUCAUAGCUCAUCCUUGGCUUUAGGUGAUGGAUGGACACUUGUACAUGAACCUCUGUCUCAGCCACUGCUUCCAUGGCACAAAUCAUGACUAGCAGUUCUAUGACCUGCUGUAGUGAAGCGUUAUUGGGGGCUAAU